UUUUCUUCAUACAUUUCUUUUUUGUGUACGUCUCUUUUUUUUUUUAUAUAUAUAUAUACACACAUAUAAAAAAAAAGAGAUCUUCUCAAAUACCAAUCCCCACUUUUUUUUUAUUUAUUCUUCAUAAAGGAAACUAUAUUAUAUAAAUCAUGCUUUUCACUGGUGAAAAAGCUGCGCUUACAGCCUCUCAAGGAUUGAGUGAACACGUCUAUACCUACAAAAAUGUCAAGACAACACAAGACAUUAGUAAUAUUUGGGGAAAUCAAACAAGGACGACUGUCAAGGAAGAUAAUGGUGAACUCCUUUUCAAUCAACUGCAACACGGUGUUCAUGCUGCAGCACUUGUCUCUGCCGAUUCCUUAAUUGCUGCUAUCCCUCAACUCUACAAGUUGGCCUCGCAACAAUCCGGUGUCGUUCUUCACGUCGCUGCCGAAAAUGCCAAAUCCGCUUUGGCCGAUUUCACCAAAGUCAUGGCUGUUCGUCAAAGUGGUUUCACCUUGUUGAGUUCUUCUACCGUUCAAGAAGCUCAUGAUUUGGCCAUCAUUGCUCAUAUUGUCGCCAUCAAGUCGCAUACACCCGUCUUGCACUUUUUUGAUUCAAAGCGUAUCGCUCAAGAAUAUGCUACCAUCGAAUUAGUCAGCCCUGCUGUCUUGGCUCAAUUGAUCUCUUCAGAGGAGUUGGAACAGUACAAACAACAUCAAAUCGAACCAGUGCAAUCCGCUUAUAUUCAAUAUAAACAAAAGGACGAAUCAGAGUCAAAGAAGGAUGUCUAUGCUUCUGUUCAAGAUGCCAUGCUUCAAUUUGCCACUUUGACAGGUCGUCAAUACUCUCCUUUGGAAUAUACAGGUCAUCCCGAAGCAGAACAUGUGGUAGUAGCUAUGGGUGCUGGUGCAACUGUGGCCGAAAAGACCGUGCAAGCUACUGUCGGUAAGGAUAACAAGAUUGGUGUGCUCAAGAUCAGAUUGUAUCGUCCCUUGUCCGAUGCUGAUUUGUUAAAGUCUUUGCCUGCCUCUGUUAAGCGUGUGACUGUCUUGGAACCUUGUGUGGAUUUCACCAACCUCUGGAACCCCUUGUUUUUGGAUGUCACUGCUGCUUAUCAAACAGCUGGUGAAAAUGCCGUGGAGAUCGUGAGUGGACAAUACGGUGUAGAGGAUGCAGAUUUGACGGCUGGUCAAGUUGUGGCUGUCUUUGCAAAGUCUGAUGAGGAUCGCAAGUUCCAAGUCGCUGAUUUAACUCCUGUGCAUGUUCAUGUCUCUGCUGGUUCAGAACAAUUUAUCUUGGUCGGUGAUGAACAAGCUGCUUUGGCCUACGCUCAAAAGAAGGUAGAUGAGGGUAAGAAUGCUCAAGUCUUUACUGUUCGUGAUGCUUCUCAUGUUCGCAUCAGUGACACUCAGGGUCCCUUGUUGCCUACUUUGAUUGACGAAGCUCAAGCCAUCAUCAUCAAGAAAUCGAUUGCUGCUCCUAUCCAUGCUCUCUCUCAAACUGGUGUGGUUGUGGUGGAUCAAUUGGAAUCCUUGGUUGAAUCUGUCAAGCGUGAAAUUGCUGUUCAUGGUGUCAAGGUAGUCAAGUCCACCAAGUCUCUUGCUGAUGGGUUUGCUGCUCUUUUGGCCGAUGCUCAAACUUUGGCUGUUCCUCAAGGUUGGGAAAAGUUGACUGGUACAGAAGCUCCCGCUGCCUCUUCCAAGCAAGCAGUUUCUUCUACUCUUCCUGUCGAGACUCCUUACAUCAAGAUGCUUGAUCAAGUGUUCCAAGAUCGUCUUGAGAUUGCCAAUGCUGUCAACAGUGCUUCUGUUUGGUCUCGUGAUGAACAAGAUGCUUCUGCCUCUGCUCCUGAGUUUGGUUAUGGUAAGCUCGUCAACCAAAUCCAACAACGUGCUCGUUUCAUUGACCAUGUGGAGAAUUUGGUAAAGGAGAAUCAAGUGUCCGAUGAUGUUUACAAGACUUUGUCUCAAUGGCUUUUGGCUGUCAAGUCCAACAAGUCGGAUAUUAAGGCCAUCAAUAAGGCUGCUGAAUCAGUUGUUUCUGCUUGUCAAGGUGUUACUAAUGCUUCCUAUAUUCUCAAGCACAAGGAUCUCUUGACUCAAAAGUCCAACUGGUUGAUUGGUUCUGAUACUUGGGCUUAUGAUCUUGGUCAAUCCGGUGUUCAUCAUGUGAUUGCACAAGGAGAAAAUGUCAACAUGUUGAUUGUGGAUACUUUACCUUAUUCUUCUGAAACUGAUCGUGAACAACGUAAGAAGGAUAUUGGUCUUUAUGCCAUGAACUUUGGUACUGCUUAUGUUGCCUCUGUUGCUGUCUACUCUUCUUAUACCGGUGUCUUGCAUGCUCUUAUGGAAGCUGAUGCUUACCAAGGUCCCUCUAUCGUGCUUGCUUACUUGCCUCAACAAGAAACUGCUCAAAGCAACCCUGUCUUUACUUUGAAGGAAACCAAGGUCUCUGUCGAUAACGGUGCCUGGCCUCUUUAUCGUUGGAACCCUGCUUUGGAAGCCGAAGGUAAAGAAGCUUUCUCUUUGGAUUCUCAACGUAUCAAGAAGGAUCUUGAAAAGUUUUUGGAACGUGAAAAUCAUUUCUCUCAAAUUGUUGCUCAAAACCCUGAUAUCUCCAAGUUACUUGUUAGCUCAUUAGAGAACGAUGUUCAAAAGAGACAUAGUGACUUGAAGCGUAAGGCCCGUGAAGAUUUCGCUAAAUUAUUAUCUGGUUUAGGUGCUGCCAAUGGUCCUCCUCUUACUGUCUUAUUCGGUUCCGAUAACGGUAAUGCUGAAGGUGUUGCCAAGAAGAUUGCCAACCGUGCUAAAUCCAGAGGACUCCAAGUCAAGUUGAUGGCCAUGGAUGACUAUGAAAAUGUUGAGGAGCUUGCCAAUGAAACCAACGUUGUCUUUAUUGUCUCUACUGCCGGUCAAGGUGAAUUACCUUCCAACGCUCGUGAAUUAUGGAAGGCCUUGAACACAUUAAAUGUCGGUGAGAUUAGCUUUGCCGAAUUAAACUAUGCUGUCUUUGCCAUGGGUGAUAGUCAUUACUGGCCUCGUCCUGAAGAUGCUGGUUUCUAUAACCGUCCUGGUAAAAUCAUUGAUGCCAAGCUUGAAAAUUUGGGUGCCAACCGUCUUGUUUCUUUGGGUUUGGGUGAUGAUCAAGAUGCUGAUGGUUUUGAAACUGCUUUGGGUCUCUGGCAACCUGAGUUCUGGAAGGCUCUUGGUGUCAAGGAUGUUGGUGCUGAAGAUGAUGAGCCUAAGUUGACUGAUGAUCAAAUGAAGAUUAACUCCAACUACCUUCGUGGUACUAUCGCCGAAGAUCUCCUCGAUGAAUCUACUGGUGCUAUUGGUGAAAUCAAUGGUAAAUUACUCAAGUUCCAUGGUUCUUAUGGCCAAGAUGAUCGUGAUAUCAGAGAAGAACGUAAGAAGAUGGGUCUCGAAAAGGCUUUCUCUUUCAUGAUUCGUGUGCGUAUGCCCGGUGGUGUCUCUACUCCCGAACAAUGGCUUAUGAUGGAUGAAUUGGCUGAGACUCAUGCUAACGGUGCUAUCAAGUUGACUACCCGUCAAGCUUUCCAACUUCACGGUAUCUUGAAGAAGGAUCUUCGUAACACCAUCCGUGGUAUCAACCACUCUCUUCUUAGUACUCUUGCUGCUUGUGGUGAUGUUAACCGUAAUAUUAUGAUCACUCCUGUCACUGAAAUUCCUGAAGUACAUGCUCAAGUUCAACAAUUCGGUAUGGAGAUCAUGGAGCAUUUGGCUCCCAAGACAACUGCCUACCAUGAGAUCUGGUUAGCCGAUAAGCAAGUUGCUGGUAACGCUGUCCAAGAUUUCGAACCUAUCUAUGGUCCCACUUACUUGCCUCGUAAGUUCAAGAUUGUUAUUGCUGUUCCUCCCAACAACGAUGUUGAUAUCUUUGCUCACGAUUUGGGUUAUAUUGCUAUUGUUGAUGAUAACAAGAAGGUCAUUGGUUAUAACGUCACUAUUGGUGGUGGUAUGGGUAUGACUCACGGUAACAAGAAGACUUAUCCUCGUCCUGCCAACUUGGUCGGUUAUGUUCCCGCUGAAUUAGCUGUUGCUUGUGGUGAAGCUGUCAUGACUACUCAAAGAGACUUCGGUGACCGUACCAACCGUAAGCAUGCUCGUUUCAAGUACACUUGUGACACUCAUGGUUUGGACUUUAUUGUGAAUGAAAUCGAGACUCGUAUGGGCGCCAAGUUCCAACCUCCUGUUGAUUUCACUUUCACUGAUAACGCUGAUCGUUAUGGCUGGACCAAGGGUGUUGAUGACAAAUGGCACUUCUGUAUGUUUAUCGAGAACGGUAAGAUCAAGGACUGGCCCGAUUUCCAACCCAAGACUGGUCUUAGAGAGCUUGCCAAGUGGCACAAGGGUGAAUUCCGUUUGUCUCCUAACCAACAUUUGGUCAUUGCUAAUGUUCCCGAAGCUGAUCUCGAAAAGACCAAGGCACUUUUGGCCAAGUACAAGAUGGAUAACCUUUCCUUCAGUGGUCUUCGUUUGAAUGCUAUGGCUUGUGUUGCUUUACCCACCUGUGGUCUUGCUAUGGCUGAAUCUGAACGUUACUUGCCUACUUUGGUCGGUCAUCUUGAAGGUGCUAUUGAAGCUGCUGGUCUUAAGGAUGAUGCUAUUACCAUUCGUAUGACAGGUUGUCCUAACGGUUGUGCUCGUCCUUAUCUUGCUGAAAUUGCCUUUGUCGGUAAGGCUCCUGGUACCUAUAAUGUGUAUCUUGGUGGUGGACACAAGGGUGAACGUUUGAACAAAUUGUACAAGGAAAGUUUAAAGGAAGAAGAAAUUUUGUCUGAAAUCAAUCCCAUCAUUAAGAGAUAUGCUCUUGAACGUCAUGCCGGUGAACCUUUUGGUGACUUUGUGAUUCGUGCUGGUUACGUCAAAAAGACCAUCACUGGUACUGAUUUCCAUGAACUUUAAAAAAAAAUUUGCACAUUCAAAAACACACACAUACACUUUAUUAUAGACAAUUUUUUUUUUACUCACUUUUUUACCAUAUAAAUAUUAUUUGCUUACCCUCAUUUUAAAAAUAAAAAAUCAUCUAUUCCAUGUAUAUUAUAAUACAAUC